CUCUCCCCCCCGGCGGGAGCCGCUCGCAGCCUCUUUGCACUAGUCGCUCCGCUCUCUCGGUCAUGUGACCUUAACGUAACCGGACAGGAAAAGCCCCGCCGCCGCCGCCGCCGCCGCGCCGGAGACCGACCGCGGCGGCAGCAGCAGCAGCAGCAGCGAGCAGCGCGAGGGAGAGGCGGCGGCGGGGAGGACCGCACCGCCGAGGCCGCCCCGCGCCGCCGCUCCGCGCCUCGCCCCGCCCGGCCAGCCCGGCGACAGAUUUAUAAAAAAAUGGAUUUGACCAACCAUGGACUUAUUCUACUGCAGCAGUUAAACGCUCAGCGAGAGUUUGGUUUCCUGUGUGACUGCACGGUUGCAAUCGGCGAUGUGUACUUCAAGGCACACAAAUCAGUUCUUGCUUCAUUCUCCAAUUACUUUAAGAUGUUGUUUGUCCAUCAGACCAGUGAGUGUGUCCGAUUGAAGCCCACCGACAUCCAGCCCGACAUUUUCAGCUAUCUCCUGCACCUGAUGUACACAGGCAAGAUGGCUCCGCAGCUGAUCGAUCCCGUGCGCUUAGAUCAGGGGAUCAAGUUUCUGCACGCAUACCCCCUGAUCCAGGAAGCCAGCCUCGCCAGCCAGGGCACCUUCUCCCAUCCCGACCAAGUCUUCCCACUAGCUUCUUCACUGUAUGGCAUUCAGAUUGCCGACCACCAGUUGAGACAAGCCAGCAAGAUGGCCUCAGCGCCUGAAAAACUUGGGCGAGAACCCAGGCCGCCGCCAGCCAGGAUGAGCCGGGAGCCGGUGCCCGAGGCGCCCCAGCUGUCCCAACUGACCUCCAAUCUGGCCCAGGUGAAUCGGACAAACAUGACCCCCGCCGACCCCCUGCAGACCUCGCUUUCUCCAGAACUUGUGUCCACUCCUGUUCCCCCGCCUCCGCCCGGGGAGGAGACCAACCUGGAGGCCUCCUCCUCGGACGAGCAUCCUGCGGCCCUGACCAUCGCCCACGUGAAGCCGAGCAUCAUGAAGAGGAAUGGAAGCUUCCCCAAGUACUACGCCUGCCACCUGUGUGGCCGGCGCUUCACCCUGCGCAGCAGCCUGCGGGAGCACCUGCAGAUUCACACCGGGGUCCCCUUCACCUCCAGCCAGCCCGGGGAGAGCCGCGUCCCCCUGUCCCUCUGCACCAACGCGGCCGACCUGGGCAAAGACAGCAUGGAGGUGCCCGAGGCGGGCAUGAUCAGCGACAGCGAGCUGCAGCACAUCUCGGACUCCCCGAUCAUCGACGGGCAGCAGCAGUCGGAGACCCCGCCCCCCUCGGACAUCGCGGACAUUGACAACCUGGAGCAGGCCGACCAGGAGCGGGAGGUGAAGAGGCGCAAGUACGAGUGCACCAUCUGCGGGCGCAAGUUCAUCCAGAAGAGCCACUGGCGCGAGCACAUGUACAUCCACACGGGGAAGCCCUUCAAGUGCAGCACGUGCGACAAGAGCUUCUGCCGGGCCAACCAGGCCGCCCGCCACGUGUGCCUCAACCAGAGCAUCGACACCUACACCAUGGUGGACAAACAGACCCUAGAACUCUGCACGUUCGAGGAAGGGAGUCAGAUGGACAACAUGCUGGUGCAAACCAACAAACCCUACAAAUGCAACCUGUGCGACAAAACCUUCUCCACGCCCAACGAGGUGGUCAAACACUCAUGCCAAAACCAGGGCUCCGAUGUCUUCGCCCUAGACGAGGGGCGGUCGGUCCUCCUGGGCGGGGGGGACUCCGAAGUCACGGAACCCGACCACCCAGUGCUAGCCUCCAUCAAAAAAGAACAGGAAACCGUGUUGUUAGACUGAAUGUUACUUGUCUUUAAAAAACAAAAACAAAAAAACAAAACAAAAAAAACCAUACACACACACACAAACCCACAAAAAACUAAUUUUUACAAAAACCUCUUUCCCUUCCCAGCAUUCAGAACCAUAGUUGUACGUGGCAUGAUUCAAGCAGGCUCUGUUCCCUUCUCUUCCCCUCAGCCCCACUUGUGAAAAAGACUGUGCAUUUUAAGCCUGGAAUUCAUUUCCUCCAAUCCAGGGGAGGUGGGAAGAUAAUGGUCCUUAGUCCUUAUAAGUGUAAUAGGUUUUGAGAAGUUUUCGAUUAUUUAAAAGCAUACUUGGAACUAAUUAAGGGUAUAUAACAAACACAAACCAACUAGAAUAUAUUUGGUAAGCUGAAAUUAUGACUCCCUGGGUAAUAAGUCUUCCUUCUCAGCAAAAGUGUCAGAAAAUACGGCAUGCUUCUUAGAGAUAAAGCUGGGCUCUGUCUGUACUAUGCAAAAAUCCUGAAAGUGUGGGGGAGCUUUAAACCCAAGAAAAUGUUUUUAGUAUUUAUCCUCUAGGUGUCUUACUUCAGAAUGUAUCCUUUGAGAUUAUGUCUAGUUAAGAAAACUAGUUUUAAAAAAAAAAUCUACGUUAACAAGACAAAAGUAAUAAUGUGAUGGCAAUCUUAAUUUUUAGAUGGAACGUGACAAGCGGUGAGUCUGUGUGUUUGUAAGAGGGAACGCGGAUACUUGCUAUAAACAGGUGAAUCGAUGCACUUGCCUUACCUAAUUGUGGGCUUCUUUCCAAGCUGAACAACAAAAUGCUGUAUUUUAGUUUCUGACAAAUUGGUUGGUUUACAAAUCAGACUUGAAAAAACUAGUGUCUGGAUUGUCUUUCUGAACAGAAAAUGACAUGCUGUUUUUCUAACAGACGCCUGUGGUGGGUUCAUGUCAGUACAAGCAGCCGCUUUGAAAUCAGCGUGUGUCACAGGGAGAAGGGUGUAUACAGAGCGUGCAUGUUCCAGGGGAAGUUGUGAGCAGAUGUGACUUCACUAGCAGCAGGCUGGUCACUAGCGACAUGCAUUGAAGCAUCAGAAAUGGCAAAAGGAAAUCAGGACAAAAAAAUUGUAAUCGCGGUUUUGGGGAAAAACAAACGAUGUCUUUUCUCCCACUUUUUUUUUUUUUUUCUCUUUUCAACACCUGAAGUUUUCUCCACUGACCUAAAAGCAGUAAAAGUUGUCCGUUAACCUCCCCUUAGCCCAAUAAGAGAAUGGUGUUGCAGGACAAAAUAGGAGCCAGAAGUAAGGACCCAAGGGAAGAGGGAAGGGGAAGAACACCUAUAGCUAUACUGUAUGUAUAUGUUGAAAACUGAAUACCCCGUCAUCCCACUGUCUGUAUAGUUGAGUUCUCAGAUUUGUAAGUUUUUAUACAUCCUUUCAUUAAACAUUGAGUUAAAUGAG